AUGCCGGAAGACCCCCUCGAAGACGUCUUCAACCUUGAGGACCGCUUCUACCAGCAAGGUUACACGCAGGGCCUCCAGGACGGCACCGCAGCCGGCCGCGCCGAGGGCCGCUCCUUCGGCAUGCAGAAGGGCUUCGAGAAGUUUGUCGAGAGCGGCCGCCUCGCCAGCCGGGCCGUCGUCUGGGCCAACCGCAUGCCAUCCAACAAGGAGGAUCGGACUGGUGAAGCCGGCCCGUCGUCCGAAGCGGCCGAUGGCGUGGCUAGCCCGGAGCGAGGGUGCAGGCUCCCGCCGAUCGCCAGCAACGCGCGGCUCGACAAGAACGUCAGGUUGCUGUACGCGCUGGUGGAGCCGGACACGCUAUCGACGGAGAACACGGACGAGGCGGUGCAGGACUUUGACGACCGCGUGAAGAGAGCGCAGGGCAAGGCCAAGGUCGUGGAACGCAUGGUUGGCUAG